AUGGGCCGGGCCAAGCGCAAGUCCAUCACGCAGGCGUCCAUCGAGGCGUUCGUGGGCUCGAGCGCGGCCACGCGCGUGGCGGAGGACGUGCAGUUCAAGGUGCCGUUCCUGCCGCUCACGGCGCCCGAGGAGCCCACGCCCGCGGCCUUCCGCGCGGACACGCCGCUGUACGAGCACCAGCGCCGCUCGCUGCACCGCAUGCUGCAGAUCGAGGCGCGCGACGAGGCCGUGGCCAAGUUCAACUUCGGCAUGCUCGACUACUUCUCCAAGGGCGGCUGCCUGGCCGACGCCAUCGGCACGGGCAAGACGGCCACGAUGUUGGCGCUCAUCGCCGGCGAGCCGCGCGACUACGCGGCGGGCGCCAACCUGCUCGUGGCGCCGUCGCACCUGCUGGCGCAGUGGAAGCUCGAGGUGGACAAGUUCGUCAAGCCAGGCGAGAUCGACGUCGUGCUCGGGCUCAGGCAGUACAUGGAGCUGGUGGAGAACCCGGCGGCCAGAGCGGACAUCUCCAACCGGAUGCUCGUGCUCGUGGGCGUGGAGGAGGCCGUCAAGUCGAGGAACCACCACUACAGGCGCGGCCAGCUGUUCUCGACGGAGCUGCAGGUGAGAGGAAGGCCCAAGCCAAUGGUCGUGGACCCCAUCGCGCUGCAGGAGUACGAGGAGGCGGCCAAGUUCGUGCACAAGGCGUACAGCGGCCCGCUGUGGGUCACGCCGCUGCAUCUGCCGCAGAAGCCGUGGAGACGCGUGAUCUUCGAGGAGGUACAGGACCUGGUGCUGCCCGGGAAGAGCGCGAGGGACUGCUUUAUUCAGCUCACGCACCGCUGCUUGAACGUGUGGCUGAUCACGGCCACGCCGUUCCCUGGGAAAGCCGAGUCAAUGUACGCGAACAACCAGCUGCUGGGCUUCAAGCGACUCCGGCUGCUGCCGCAUGAUCCCGCCUUCGAUGAGAUCAAGCGGAAGCUCUACCUGCGCAACUGCGCGCAGGUGAAGCAGCAGGCUAUCACGGACAAGAUCAAAGUGGACGAGACCUACAUCCCCGUCAAGCUGCACCCGAAGGAGCUGCUACUGUACAGGAUCGAGCGUGUCCUAGCGACGAAGCAGUCCGAGUUUGAUGUGUUUGCGCUUGGAGACGUUGACGUUCUGGCUGCCGGUGGAAAAGAGGGCUCUGCUGACACUGUGGUCCCAGAGGAAGCGCCGGUCAGCGGUAAGGAUGCGGUCUCAGAGAUGCUGUGGGGUGAGCAGUACAAGUCUGCUCGUCAAAGCUGCGUGCACGCCGGCAUCUCGGACCGUGUUGUUGAGCGCGAACGCGGUGGCAAGCAGAAUGGGUCGAAGGACACCGCAACACCUCCGCUUACCAAGAUCAAGAGUCCCAGCGAGGUGUAUCGCGACGAAGACUACCACCUAAACCGGCAGCUGGCAGUAGCGACGAAGCGCAAGAAUGAAGUGGAGAUCAUGGAGGCUGCUACUCGCAACACGGUCGAGAUAUGUCGCGCAAUUCGCCUGAACACCUACGCCGACGUGCGGGACUGCUUCGACGACCUGGAGAAUUCUGGGCUCAGCAAGUUCUUUGACGACAGUGGAGAGACUAAAGCCGGCUUCCGAAUGCUGUACAAGCACUACCAGUUUGGCGAUGACAUACCAGAGCCAACAGAGCUUCUGUUCUACCACCAGGGCGAGAUUGAAGACUAUAUAUUGAAGUACUUCAACACAAUGGACAAGGUCGAAAAGCUCGCCAAGGUUAUGGAGUCGACACUGAACGAACGGUGUCCGCGGGCCCGUGCCGUCGUCGAAGAGCAGCUCAAGCAGGUCACUGAGUGCGUAGCGCUUGUCAAGUCGAAAGAGGCUCGGCAAGAUGAGGCUAUCGAGAAGAUGCCUGCCUACGGUAGCAAAAUCGCUGCGUUGGUCCAGUAUCUGAGCCGCCUGUCGACAAUCAAAGUGGUAAUUUUCACGAUGUGGGAUCGAGCUGUGCGAGUUGUGGACAAGGCCCUUCGCCUGGCCAACAUCACAAGCGCCGUGUUUCUUCAGCACCAGUCAAGUGAGACCAAGUCCGCCCACGUUGCAUCUUUCCACAGCGGCGACAUCCAGGUCCUUAUCCUGAACUCGCUGACGAGCGCCUCUGGGAUCAACUUGCAGGUGGCAUCGCACGUAAUCUUCUUAGACCCGGUCGGAUUCAGUCCGAUGCAGGCCAGCACACUGGAGCAGCAAGCCAUCGGCCGUGUGCUGCGUAUGGGCCAGACGAACGAGCUCGUGACUGUGGUCCGGUUCAUUGCUGAGGACACGAUGGAGGCGACACUCUACGACGACAUCCACGAAGCUACUACGAAGGCGGUGGAGGCGGAGGACUCGUUCUUCGAUGGCGAGCGCGAAGAUGCGUACGUGUGCACCGACUUCGCGGCGCCAGUUCGGCGAGUGGUGCGCAUGUUUGCCCCGGCCGCCGACGGAGCUGAAGCACAAGACGAGGAGAUCCAGAUCGAGGGCUCCAUGUCCAUUGAGGAGGCCAUCACACACCGGAUAGAGCAGGCUGCAGCAGAAGGAGAGAUCUUCGACCUCACGGAGGACGCACCGAUGAAUCUGGAGGAGCAACUGGCCGCUGCUCGAGAACACGAUGCCACUACUCCUCAACUCAAAAAGCGCCGUACGCGAGGCAACACUGCCAGUCCAGCGCCGAUCGCCGUCGCUUACGCAGACGCCAUGGUGAAGAGCGAGCCACAACGCGCACAGAGGUGA